AUGCCUUUGAGCAUACAAGCCCCCACAUCAAAGGCAGAGGCCCAGCAAUUCUUAGUAGGCAUGAUGAUGCCAACUAUGGAUGGAGCAAAGGCUGCAGAGGUCAUAUCCUCAUGGUUCCAGCUGAAGAAGAAGCCAGGCUUGAAGAUUGAGGCAUGCAAGCUGGUUGACCCAUGCCUCAAGUGGGAUGGCACAGUGGAUGACCUGCAAAACCUGUGCUUGCGACGCCUGAACUGGUGGCUCAGGAGAGUGCAUCACAAUCCGGAUUCAGGUGCCCUGGUAGAGGAGGACCUAUGUGUGUACUAUGCCAUCAAUCAGAUCGCCACGCUGAUGCCUGCACAUUAUAAUUUCUCCCAGACAAUCUCGAACAUUGUGGCGGACUUACUGUGUGACACGAAUAACUUUGCACAUCAUAUCAAUGCAGCAGGCGUAGACCUUGCCAGCUGCCCAACUGUUGUUAACCUGGUGCCAUUUGGCCUAGAAAUGCCACCCCUAGAGGCCAAAGAUAAUGAUAUGGCAUGUCACCUUUUCACUUGCAGCAUUAUUCCAGAUGGCCUGACCUCAUAUUUCAUGGGCUGGGCAAUUCAAUACUUCCACGAGCUGAGAAAACUGAAGCAGGGCUAUCCUGAUUAUAUGAAGGGCAGAGCCUUCAAGGGCCACAACCUUGACUCGAGUUCUCGCAAUAUGCCUGACCUGUCACAUGCACCCAUCUUGGCAGAUUCCCCAGAACUGCUCGAUGAGGAGAUGCUCGACAUGUGUCACUGA